GAUAUAAACUCAGCUAUCAAUAUGCAGGAUCAAGAUGGCAACAUAUCAGUUUGGAAGCGGAUAGAAAGAACUAUGUAUUGGGUAACCUUCUGUGUGGCACAAAGUACGAACUCUAUUUAAAGGCAUUCAAUUCGGUUGGCGAGAGUCCACCGAGUACAAUUAUACGUGCGGCAACUAAAGGACAAGCACCAGGACGAUCAGAGCAGGACGAGUUUGUAACAGUGAACUCAACGUCGGCCAUGUUAUUUGGAGAAUUGGCCGAACGGAGGGUGUCCAGUCACCUUCAAGGUGACUUAUCGAGCGCAUGGCGACAACAACUGGAAGAUAUUCGGGUCUUCAAUCUCUCCUCAAGAUGCAGUGGUUAUGUCCAACUUGAAACCAGCCACCUACUAUUACCUGAGAAUUGAAAUUAGUUCAGACUCGGGACGAGUUCAGCAUGAGUACAUCUUUGCUACGCGGUCUCUCACAGGAGAAAUGAUAUCAUUGGAGCUCGGUCCAGAGAAAUCGUUUUCCGUCCUACAAUGGAAUAU